AUGGUGUCCGAUUGCUCAGGUAGCUUCAGUCCCUCAGGUACUGGAAUUCCUCCAGGAUGGUCUGGAGAAGGGUCUGGCACACAGCACCCUCAGAAGGCAGGUCUCUACCCUAGCCACUAUCCUUGGAGGGGGGUGUCCCAGUCCCUGUCCCAGCUCUCGGUCAUUAAGAGGUUCCUCCAAGGGGCAGCUAACCUUCGGCCUCUGGUGAUCCACCGUUUUCCCUCUUGUGACCUCCCUCCAGGCAUUCCUGGAGACACCUUUCGAACCUGUCAGAGAGAACUGAAAAUACAGCUGCUUGCUCGUACCUCACAUGUGGAAGAACUGGAAUAUCUAAAAAAAGAUUAUCAACUUAAAUGGGAUAAAAAAAAGACUGAACAUGAAAUUGAGUUGGAACAACUAAGACUUUAUUUUGAACAGAAAUUAAAGUCUGUGGAAGAAAAUUACAGAGAAGAAUUAACAAUGUUGCAUCAGAGAUUGCAAGAAGUAAAAGAUUAUUCCAUAGAGGAGAUGGAAAAAUCACAAGAACAAGAUAUGGAAUUUGGCCCUUCUAUUACACUAUUGGAAGAAAUGACAGAAAGAGAGAGAUUGGAUUUGUUUGAACAGUUAACUCAGCAAUUGGAGCACUAUAAGGUCAGUUACCAAGCAAUAAAUAGUAUUUGGGAUAAACUACAAGAAUCUUGUCAGAUGGCUUUGAAAUUACUUCUGACAAUGGUGCAGUCCACAAAAGAUAUGGAAGAUCUUAUCUUCAAGAAAAUUGGCCUUUGUCUUGAUGACAGCUUGGCAUCUGGAGUGUCGCAAGAGAUCAUAGCUGAAGAAACAUUACUUUCACACCCAUUGAAAACAAUAGAUCAAUGGAAAUUAAAGAAUAACAAUAGAAUUUGCCAAGGUGAAGUUUCUGAUCAAACACUACAGGAACACAGCUUUGAUUCUUUGGAAUUGAGUGAGCAUUUAUGUGAAAGUAUUUUUGAAAAUCCAGAACUUAUAUUUGAAAAUGAAGAGAGGAUUAAAAAAAUUGGUCGUUGUUUAUAUAUUACUGUGGAGAAACUUCUUGAUAUGCUUGCUGAAUCAACCAAACAACUGGAGGAAAUGCACAAUAUCCAUAGUAAUAUUAAAGAGGAAUGCAAGAAUAAGAAUUGGGAAGCAUGCCAAAUGCUUAAUGAACAGCAUGGAUUAAUGGGCUUUUUUGAUGAAGAGAGUAAAGCUCAGAAUCAACUUGUGUUAGAGCUUCAUAAAGCAAAAGUUUCAUCAUUUUCAGAGAUUUCUAAAAUUCGUCAACAAAGUACUCAAGAUGCUAGACGUCAGAUAGAAACAGAAGUGGCACAGCGACUCUUGUUAUUAGAGAAUGAAUACAAGAAUGCCCUUCAGCUUGAGAAGCAAUCCAUUUCUAGUCAACAAGAAGAAAUAGAAGAACUGAAGAAAAAAAAUUCUGAAUUAAAAGAAAUCGGCAUAGUACAAGAAAAGAAUGUGAAAGAAGAAUUAGAACAGAUUAAGCAUAAACUAAUUGAAGAUGAUACAGCUGAAUUAAAAACUAGAAAAUUGCUCCAGGAAGUGGAACAGACUCAUAAAGCAGAAGCUGAAGAAUGGAGACAUGAAAAGGAGAUAUUGGUAGCAGAAGCUGAAGAACAAUUAUUAUUACUUCGUAAAGAGCUUCAGAACAAGGCAGAAUAUGAGAAGCAAACAUGGCAAAGACAGUUUGACUUUCAAAAAGCAGAAAUGACUUGUCUUCAAGAACAGCAGGCUGCUCUAAUUGUAGAAUUACAGAAAACUCUAAAGGAGCAACAGAAUACUAUCCAGCAGUUAGAAGACAGUUUAGUGAAUACACAGAAGACUUUGGCUCAAUGUAACAGUGAAUUAUCUUCCACAAAGACCCUCAUGGCCGAAGAAUUAAAAAAAGCCAAACAAGUUUUAGAAGAAGAAUAUAAGGCUAAACAUAAAGAAGCACAAAGCAGGUUUGUAAUUUUUUCUAUUACUUCUAAUAAUAGCUUCCCCAGAAAGUCAAUGACAGGGAAGAUUGCAAGUCAUUGGGGUAAGUUUGCCCCAUCUUGUGCACCCGCUGCACCCAGGCCCUCCCCAUUCACACCAUGCCGACACUUAUAUGUCAUUCCCAAUCUGCACAGUACCUCUCACAUACCAUUGUACAUCCUCCCUAUUCUCAUGGAAGCAGAGACUACAGUAGUGAAAGAUGCAGAAUCUGAUUUAGCCCAAGUAAAAUCAUCAUACCAUUUUUCUGAUCUCUCAGAUCUUCAACAUAGUGCUGUCUUGAUGUUGAAAAAUGUUGUGUUCUUGGUACGGCUGUUUUUUCUUUAUGUAUUAGAAUUAAUCAAAGAGAUAGAUCGUCUAGCAAAAACAAAUUUGGAAUUGCAAUGUCAAGCAGACAAAGAUUGUUCAAACUUGAAUACACAGAUGAAAAUCUUGGAGAUUGAACUUGAAGACCAGUUAAAGAAAAAUCAAAAUCUAGCUGCAAUGGCAUCUGAAGUUAUUGACCUAAGACAACAAAUGGAAGCUCUUGAAAGACAGCUGAAAAAUCAGAGAGAUUUCAUGGAUAAGCAAGCUAUUGAAAGGGAACAUGAACGUGAUGAGUUUCAAGAAGAAAUUUGGAAACUAGAAAUGGAAUUAAAACUUACAACAAAAUCUCAAGCUUCUGGAAAGUCCAGAACCGAUCUGGUAGAAUCUCUCCACAAUGAAAUAAAAGAGAGAGUGGAUGAUUAUAACAGGCUUUUUACAGAAAAAGAGCAAAUAGAGAAACUCCUUGCAGCUCGUAAUGAAGAAAUAGAAAAGUUGGAAGGACAAGUCAUGGAGUUUCAAUGUCUGAAUAAGGAGGUGGCAAAGAAUGUUGAUAAACUCAUGCAGGAACUGGAAAAAAUGAAAAAAAGGGAAAUUGAAUUAAAAGAAGUUCUCAAAAAGCAAAUGCUUGAAACCGAAGUCAUGAAAUCAACCAUAGAAGAACUUCAUAGUGAGAAGGAGCAUUUGUUAAGAAAUAAAGCAGAAGAAAUCGAAGAACUUCAUAAAAUAAUUAAGAAGCUUCAGAAGGAGUCAGGAGCUCUUAUACCCAUCCAUCAUGGAACUAAAAAUAGGCAAGGCAACCCAAAUUAUUUUUCUUUGGAAGAACCAGAAGAGAAUCUUAAUAAAUUUAAGGAAGGGUCACAAAGUGUUUUAGAAAACGAAAAUGGUGAUGACAACUGUGUACGGCUUAGUACCAGUCAGAAUGAACUUCAGAGACAACUAGACAUGUCUUUGAUGGAUAAAGAAACUUCGCAGCAGCUGCUUAAUGAAAACGAAUCUCAGUUUAAAAUGGAAUUUAAAAUCCUAGAACAAAAUCUUGAAACUCUUCAGGAAUCUCCUAGGCAACAUUGUUCUGAGCUAACAUCUUUACAGUUGUUAUACAAAGAACUACAAGAACAACACAUGCUUCUGAAGGUGUAUGUAAUGCAAAAGGAAGAUGAAAUGGAAGAGAUAAAUUCAUGUAGUCAGGAUCUUGAAGUUCACCAAAGAGAGAGAGAAAUGAAACUGUUAGGGACAGAACUACAACUCCAAAUAGAGCAGAAUGUAGAGCAGGCAGCUAAAGUUCAGCAUAUGACCGAAAAUAUUGUGAAACUUGAAAAUGAACUUAAAAUUAUGACACAAGCAGUGCACAAUAAUGAGACCACUUAUCAAAGAAAGAUAAAUGAACUUCAAGUUACUGUUGCAGAACUGAAGGCUGAAAUUGAGAAAAAGGUGGAAGAACUGGAAUUACUAAGAUCUGAAAAAGAUAUGUUUCACUCACAGCUGAAGAUCCCCAUAGAAAAUGACCAAGACAAUUACCAGAAAGAAGUUACAUGCCCUAAGACCCUUGAUGUUGAUGUCUUUUUACCCUCUGAAGAAAAAGAGAAAGGGGGAGAAGAAAGAGAUUUAAGUAAUAUGCUUUCAGCAUCUGUUGAUUUUUUUAUUCCAAUGGAAGAAGAUAGUGUGAAUAAUCUGCAGAUCUCGAGCAGAAAUCCAAAUAUUCACAGUAAACAACUGCAAGACAUCCCUUUCAUUCAGAGGAAGCAAACAGACUGUAGUGACGUACAGCAAAAUCUGAAACUUCGUUUUAAAAAUACGUGUCAAUCAAAUCAGGAUUCUCAAAAUUCACAAAUCUCUCAAACAAUACCAAAUUGCUUUCAGAAUAUAAUCAUGAAUAAAACUUUGUGGGAUUCUCCUGAGAAUAUGAGAAAGGAGAACCCAAAUUUAGAGUUUCAAGCAAGUCUUUCCCUAACACCCUUCUCAGAAGUUGAUGUUAUGCAUAGUAUAGCCUUUGAAAGCCUAUGCUCGGAGAACUCAAUCAUCCAGGAAGACACUCCUAGAGUUUUAGAAUAUCCAGUUUCUUAUUCUAAUAGCAAUGAGGAUACAGCAGCCAAUCCCCACGUCUUGUCUUCUGUGUUCUCAGAAUCCACCUCUUCUGUUAACAAGUGCAGUGGUCUACAAGAAAAUGUAUCAAUAAACAACACUGAAAUCUCUCUGAUACCACCUGAGUUACAAGAUGGUCUGAAAGUGACAAUGUCCAGACUUCAUCAUGCAAGCACUGAAUAUGGAAGCAAUACUAGUUUAGAUUUGAUACUUCAGCUUAAUCAGGCAGAGCCAAAAAAUAAGGUAUGCCAAAACAGCAAUGUCAUGGCUCCUCUGCAGUGUUUUGGAAUGACUCCAGAUGUCACUGCACCAACUUUACAAGAAACAGAAAUGAUGUCACAACAAUUGAAGACUGUGCUGAAGAUGGUAUAUGAUGAGAGUUACAAAAUGCUUGUUCUAUCAGAAAAAUCACUACCUCUUGAUGAUGGUGAUAAGAUUCAACAAGGUCCAUCAGUGGAGGGUUGGCAAAGAGAGAGACUAAUAUUGGUUGAUAUAAUACAAUCACUGAAGAACAAUCUCAAACAAUCUAAUAAAGAGAACAAGGUUGCUGAUUUAUUAGAACAACUUGGAAAAUUUAAAGAUAAUUUAAUGAAUAAAAAUGAAGAAAUCUUACAGCUGAAAUCAAAAUGUCAUAGUUCUGCAUUGGAAAAUAAAGAGAGAAGUAUUACAGCAGCACUUGAGAAUUUACAGAGGGAAUAUCUUAAAAACAAAGAAUUACAGAUUAAGUUGGAUGAACAGCAAAAACAGCAUAAAAUAAAAGAGGAUGAAAAAUCAAAAGCUAUAGAGGAGUUGCAAGCUGCCUUGGAGUUACAGUGUAUUCAGAACAAUCAAUUAACUGUGGCUUUAGAGCAUGAACAGUCAGCAAACAGUAAUCUCCAUAAAGAACUCCAAAUUGAACAUUCUCGGUGCGAGGCUUUAUUAUCCAAGGAUCAGAAUAAACUGUUGGAACUGCAGAAAAAUUUAGAUAUUGAGAAAAAACAAAAUGCAGACAUGUUAACUGCCUUGAACCAUGAACGUGUUUUGACAGAACAACUGACUAUGAGAUUAAAUGAAUGUGGAUCUUGUAAACAUAAAGAUUCAAUGCAGGAAUUGCAAGAACAAUUGCAUUUAGAAAAGUCCAAUUCUAUGAAACUUUUGGCUAUAAUUGAGAAAUCACAGCAGCAGAUAUUUGAUUCAAAAAAACACAUGGAAGAAAUGCAUCUGCAUUGUAAAGACUUUCAACAAGAACAAGCUCUCCAAAACACUAUUCAAGUUACAGGAUCAAUGAUGCAAAAUAAAAAACAAGAUGUUGUUCAUACUUUGGAGGUACAAAGAGAGAAAGAAGUAGAAACAAAAAUGGGAUGGAAACAAUUGCAGUCUGCUGUCAAAUCAAUGAGAGAUCAAGAGAUCAGGACAGUACAAGGAGAAAGAAAAAUGGCACAGGAGCAACAAACUGAAUGUCACUGUCUAAGGGCACUUCUAGAAGCUCAAGAAAAUCAAACUGAGUCCACAUUACAAUAUUUGCAUAACUCUGUGAGAUUCAAGGAAUUGCAACAAAUGCUAGAAGAUCUGAAGAAUCAAGAAAAACUACUAAAAAGAUAUAACCAAUUUCCAUCAAAAAAUAAUUACACUAACUUAACUUUUACAACUGAUACUGUAAGAUUGCAUGUUGAACAACAGAUAUUGGAAAACAUCAGAGAACAGCUGGUUCUUGUUGCUGCAUAUCUUUCUGAGUUCAUAUAUAAAACUAUAGAGUUAUCCCUACAAGUAUAAUUCACUCUAUGCAAGAAUCAGAAGGAUUUAUUCAUCAGGAUAAGUGUGUUUUACAGAAUGGUUUGAAAGCAACAAACUAUGCAGCAACCAAAACAAAUGUGCCAGAAAAUAAGCAAACUCUGAUGUCUACCCCAAAGAUACAAAAGCUAUAUCGUAAGUAUUUGAGAGCUGAGAGUUUUAGGAAGGCCCUGGUUUAUCAGAAAAAAUACCUUCUUCUGCUUUUGGGUGGAUUUCAAGAAUGUGAACAAGCAACAUUGUCCCUGAUAGCACGCAUGGGCAUUUAUCCUUCUCCUCCUGAUCUGAAUGUUUCUGAAACACGAAGCCAUUUUUUUACCAAGUUCAGAUCUGCAGUUCGUGUGGUCAUUGCGAUAUUAAGAUUAAAGUUUCUAGUGAGAAAAUGGCAUAAAGUAAAUAAGAAAGAAAUGCCACUGGAAGCCAUUUCUUCUAGCCUUGGACGCAAUUCAUAUCCUGUAGCUAGUUUAGAAGUACAAAAGCAGCCACAGCCCUUCCCAAGUUAUGCUGCUCCAGAAGGUGAAUACUGCAACAGAAAUAAUCUCAUGAGACUUGCAAGCUGCACAGUUAAAUCCUUACACCAUUUACAUAACAGGUCUACCAGUUUUACUUCACAAACUUCAUCAAAAGAUACUGAAGAUUCAUUAACUGAAUACAUUGCACACUUGGAGGCAAUUCAAGAAAGACUAGGAAUUCUUCUGCCAGGCACUAACUGCAGUGGAUGUUUGGGAAUUGGUGAUGUACAGAGCAGCAUUGAACCUCGAAGAAUAGAUAUUUUUUGUGGCAAAAAAUUAGCUUCCCUCAGUUAUGGAAGUGGACCUCAUGUUGUUCUGGCUACUACUGGCAGUAGCAGCCUUGUGCGAGCAACACAGGGAGUGAAAUUCAAAAGUGCCAAACAGCUCUCAGUCAAACUCAGCUGUGUCUCGCAACAUACAAAAGAGGCAGCUGGUGGAACAGGCCAUUUGACAUCUUCUACAGAUCAGGGUCAUUCAAGCUGUGCCCAAGGGCCAAGAACACCAGGGGUUCUACUCCUGGCUGUUCGUGGUGCCAAAAGCCUCGGGGGGAUGGAGACCCAUUCUGGAUCUCAAAGUCUUGAACCGAUUCGUCAUUUAUCGACGGUUCAAGGUACACUCCUUGCAGUCCAUCUUGGAGAGCAUCUGCAAGGGAGACCUCUCCUUGGUGGACCUCAUGGAGGCAUAUCUGCAUAUUCCCAUCCUUCGUGA